AUGGCGUUACAAAUGGCACCUAGCUCCUCCAAGGUUCUCAUCCUCGUUGGAGCUGGUUUGGCUAGCUCGGUGGUUUUGAACGGUGGACCAUUGUCUGCUGUUAUUGCACAGCUUCAGGAAGUGCUCAAGGGAGUUGAUGAUCAGGUUAAGAUUUCAACUGCUGGAUAUGACACCGCCGUUAUUGCUGCUCAGGUUCGGCAACUAGCUCAAGAAAUUAGGGAGUUGACCUUGUCUAGGCCUAUGACUAUCUAUAAUGAAAGUUCUUCUAGAGGGGGUCUUGCUUCUUACUUACUACCUGCUGCUGCCAUAGGAGCUGUGGGAUAUUGUUACAUGCGGUGGAAGGAUUUGUCAUUUUCUGAUGUAAUGUUUGCGACAAAGAAGAAUAUGGCUAAUGCUGUUGCAAGUGUGUCAAAGCAACUGGAGAAUGUACAUGAAACAUUGGCAUCAACAAAAAGACAUCUAACAAAAAGGUUGGAAGGUCUUGACUUGAAGGUGGAAGAGCAGAAUGAGUUAGGCAAACAUAUAUCAAAUGAUGAAAUGGGAGGUAAAGAAUGUAACGUGGCCGAGGGUGGGAGGCUAGCGAAUUGUGUGACUCAUGUUAUAAGAGUUGAAACAGAGAGGGGGAGGAUCGUUGAGGAUUUUUGGUUAGAAACCAUUUUGUUUGGCUUGGAGAGAGAGUCAUCUCUUCUCCGAGAGGAGCAUAGCUCUGGACACAAGCACAUGGGGGCAUAUACCAGCUCCAAUGGUCAUGGAAUUUCAUGGUUCUGUGGACCAGGCUGUCUGGAAUCCAUUGAUGUGGUGAAUGCAGUGAAGUCAGACCUUUCUCAGAUUGGGUGUGAUGUUGAGUUUAUACAUCAAAUGAUGUCCGGGCUGGAAGAGAAGCUCAAGCUUGUCGAAGGCAAUCAGGAUGUUACCAACUCAGGUAUCUUGUAUUUGUGCAAACUUGCUGACGAUCUCAACAAUGAGCCAAAUGGUAGAGUUUACAAGGGACUUGCAGAACUUACAAUGACACUUGAGGAGAAAACCCCUAAGGGGCUUCAAUUCAUCGCUGAAACACCAGACACCAUUGAGAACUCAGCCAUAAUAACAAAGAAAGUUGGUCUCAACUUUUCAGACGAGAAACUAUCUGUUUCUAAAUCAAGAGUACACCGGGCAUAUCCUGUUGGCAUUUCUGUGAGCAAGGGCAUUUCUGAUUUGGUUUGA